AUGCAGAUUUUUGUCAAGACACUGACGGGCAAGACGAUCACGCUGGAGGUGGAAUCUUCUGAUUCGAUUGACAACGUGAAGCAAAAGAUUCAAGACAAGGAAGGCAUCCCGCCUGACCAGCAGCGUCUGAUCUUUGCUGGCAAGCAGCUGGAAGACGGUCGCACGCUGUCUGACUACAAUAUCCAGAAGGAGUCUACGCUACACCUGGUGCUGCGCCUGCGUGGUGGUAUGCAGAUUUUUGUCAAGACACUGACGGGCAAGACGAUCACGCUGGAGGUGGAAUCGUCUGAUUCGAUUGACAACGUGAAGCAAAAGAUUCAAGACAAGGAAGGCAUCCCGCCUGACCAGCAGCGUCUGAUCUUUGCUGGCAAGCAGCUGGAAGACGGUCGCACGCUGUCUGACUACAAUAUCCAGAAGGAGUCUACGCUACACCUGGUGCUCCGCCUGCGUGGUGGUAUGCAGAUUUUUGUCAAGACACUGACGGGCAAGACGAUCACGCUGGAGGUGGAAUCGUCUGAUUCGAUUGACAACGUGAAGCAAAAGAUUCAAGACAAGGAAGGCAUCCCGCCUGACCAGCAGCGUCUGAUCUUUGCUGGCAAGCAGCUGGAAGACGGUCGCACGCUGUCUGACUACAAUAUCCAGAAGGAGUCUACGCUACACCUGGUGCUCCGCCUGCGUGGUGGUAUGCAGAUUUUUGUCAAGACACUGACGGGCAAGACGAUCACGCUGGAGGUGGAAUCGUCUGAUUCGAUUGACAACGUGAAGCAAAAGAUUCAAGACAAGGAAGGCAUCCCGCCUGACCAGCAGCGUCUGAUCUUUGCUGGCAAGCAGCUGGAAGACGGUCGUACGCUGUCUGACUACAAUAUCCAGAAGGAGUCGACGCUACACCUGGUGUUGCGCCUGCGUGGCGGGAAUUAA